CAAGAGAUAAACAAGCCUCAGCGAGAGGCUCCCCGUCAAGCUGACCUCGGCUGUAUCCCGCUUUCCCCCCCUCAGAGUGAAUGUAAGUCAUUGUUCUUCCGGUGGAUUAAAAAAACCCAAAGCAAAAUCAGACUCCCCGAUCUCAUGUCUGAGCAACCUCUGACUCUUCCGCUACUGCCCGGCAACGUGAAGAGUCAGCAACUUCCCAGCACCCGCUCAGCAAUAAUCUAGGAACGGGCUGCAGUGCGCAGGAGCAUGCAAGCUACGGGGCUGCAAGCGAUGCUGGGAAUUGUAGUCUCUGCUUCCUCAGCCUUCCCCAGACUUUUUAAGAGCUUGCUCUUUCUCCAAUACUACCAAACCCAGAAUCCCUUGCGGCCCUAACUAUUGGAAGCCUAGUUGAAGCGGGUGGCAGCGGAGUGGACUCCCCCCUCCAAAUCCAAAACAAGGAAAUGGUGCCCAGUGUGGUAGCUUCGUGCCCCUGACGCUUGUGCGGCCGCUGGUUCCGCCGCCUCAUCCUGUCCUUGCCUUCCCCUUCCUUCACUCGCCCCUUCUAUGGGUGAGAGACAUGGACUACGAGUUCAAAUCCAAGCUGGCGGCCGAGCGCGAACGGGUGGAAGAUCUGUUCGAGUACGAGGGGUGCAAAGUCGGGAGAGGCACCUAUGGGCAUGUCUACAAAGCCCGGCGCAAGGACGGGUAAGAGGGAACCGAGCUUCUUCGAGAAGGGGAACGGGGGGGGGUCCAGGGGAAAGCAGGAAAAAUGAGAAGGAGUAUGCACUGAAGCAGAUUGAAGGUACAGGGAUAUCCAUGUCGGCAUGCAGAGAAAUAGCACUUUUGAGAGAACUGAAGCACCCUAAUGUGAUUGCAUUACAGAAGGUUUUUCUUUCUCAUAGUGACAGAAAAGUGUGGCUGCUGUUUGAUUAUGCCGAACAUGAUUUGUGGCAUAUUAUCAAGUUCCAUCGUGCCUCAAAAGCAAACAAAAAACCCAUGCAGUUGCCAAGAUCCAUGGUCAAAUCGCUACUUUAUCAGAUUCUUGAUGGAAUCCAUUAUCUUCAUGCAAAUUGGGUGCUUCACAGAGACUUAAAACCAGCAAAUAUUCUGGUAAUGGGAGAAGGUCCUGAAAGAGGAAGAGUAAAAAUUGCGGAUAUGGGCUUUGCAAGGCUAUUUAAUUCACCUCUUAAGCCACUGGCAGAUCUGGAUCCUGUUGUGGUGACGUUUUGGUACAGAGCCCCAGAACUGUUACUUGGUGCAAGGCACUACACAAAGGCCAUUGAUAUAUGGGCCAUCGGCUGCAUAUUUGCUGAGCUAUUGACUUCAGAACCUAUCUUUCACUGUCGUCAGGAAGACAUCAAAACGAGCAAUCCUUUCCAUCACGAUCAACUCGAUCGCAUAUUCAGUGUAAUGGGAUUUCCUGCAGAUAAAGACUGGGAAGACAUUAGGAAGAUGCCAGAAUAUCCUACACUUCAAAAAGACUUUAGGAGAACAACAUAUGCCAAUAGUAGCCUCAUAAAAUAUAUGGAAAAACACAAAGUAAAGCCUGAUAGCAAAGUGUUUCUUUUGCUUCAAAAACUUCUCACUAUGGAUCCUACAAAAAGAAUUACCUCAGAGCAAGCUUUGCAGGAUCCCUACUUCCAGGAAGACCCACUGCCUACAUCAGAUGUUUUUGCCGGCUGCCAGAUUCCUUACCCAAAACGAGAAUUUCUCAAUGAGGAUGAACCUGAGGAGAAGGGGGAUAAGAAUCAACAGCAGCAGAACCAACAUCAGCAACAAACAGCACCUCAGCAGCAAGCAGCACCUCAGCAGCAGCAGCAGCAAAACAGUACCCAGACAAAUGGAACUACAGGGGGGGGUGGAGCAGGAGGUGGUGGUACUGGGGCAGGUCUCCAGCACAGCCAGGAUUCUAGCCUCAACCAGGUGCCUCCAAAUAAGAAACCACGUAUAGGGCCUUCAGGCACUAAUUCAGGCGUGCCUGUCAUGCCUUCAGAUUAUCAGCACUCCAGUUCACGUCUGAGUUACCAAAGCAACAUUCAGGGAUCUUCUCAGUCCCAGAGUUCAAUGGGCUAUUCUACAUCAUCUCAGCAGAGCUCUCAGUACCAUCAGUCCCACCAGUCCCAUCGGUACUGAAGAGAUCACAUAGACGAUGUUAGAAAGGAAUGAACUAGCAGUCGGCGGACUCCAGCAAUAUGAAGUUCAUAACCAUGAGAAGAACCAAAAAUGCAAACUGUGAUGCAGUUUUUAAAAUUAACAAUGAUAAAAGAACUUCUAUUAACUAAUUGUUUUCUGAAAAGAGACAAUUCGUACCAUUUUUUUAAUUUUUUUUUUUUGCCAUAAAGGAGAUUCUUGUGAAGUUUCCCCUCAGCUUGCUUUCGCAUGUGUUCCAUUGUGGUUACUCGAAUGAAACCGUCUGAUCUAAACCCAGCACUUAAAUGUCUUUAACCUAUGGAAUUUUUGAAGGAUUCCUGGUGCACCUUUCUUGUGUUGUAGUAAUUGCCAUAAAUCUUACCUUUUCCAAAUCCCUUUACCAGGAUUUUAAAGUUUUGAAACCUUGAACUCCCAGCUUUUCUAGCUUGUAUAUAGUUAGUUUUUUACUAGGCAAACCCGUUUAGCUAUACAGGUAUAAUGCACCUUUUAAAAGCACUAUGUUAUUUUCACAGAAUAUUACUGUUUUGCUCAUGGAUGUCAAGAACAGCAGAUUUUACUGUUUCAGAGUAUUUUAUUAUUCCCUUUUUUAUUGUCUAGUUUUCAGAUGAGGUCUUAAAAAAAAGAUGAAAAGAAAAAUCUCUGCAGCAACUAUAUGUUAUGUGUUUGGACUGAACACCAAACGGAAGAUUAUGAAUGUCUGUUUUUAUCAUUCAGAUGAGAUCCCAUAGAUCAUUUUGUCAUUAUCUUCCAAGUGGAUUGACUUAAGCUUUGCUGUAAAUUAAGACAUGACAGUGAAGUAGAAGGCAAAUUAUUUUGUAGCCCCAGUAGGACAAGAGUAUGCUAUCGUGUCUUUUCCAGUAGUUAUCUGUACAUGCAAUGGUGUCUUCUCUAGUGGUAUACCUGUAUUUUGGAACUCUACCCUAGGAGUUCAACAUCAUUGAUUUCCAAUGAGAGCAAAUAAGGAGACUAUGCUACUACUUGGGAUGGGGGUUGUGAAGAUGGGCAGAGAAUCCAUAUGUUGUAUUCCCUUUACAUCAGUUUUUGUCCAUUCCUGA